AUGCAUGAAAGGUUAAUGUUGCUUUUAUACAACCGUGUCAAGGCCACCUCUAUUCUGCACUCUAUCACUGAGCUAUCAGACUCAGAAGAGGAGUAUGAUAAUUCAGAUGUUAGUGAAGAUGAGGGGUUUGAUAUGGAGUUGGAAGAUGAUUUUAACAUGGAUACCUCCGUUAAAGGAACCAGAAAGGGGAAGGAUAAAGAUAUGACUUCUGGGUCGAGCAGAAAGACUUCCAACAAAAGGGUUAAAGGAAUUAGGAAUAAAAUGCAAGAGGAGGACAACUGGUUUGAAGAAGAUGAUGAGGAUGAUGAUGAUAUGGACACUGAAAGUGAAAAUGCUACCCCACCACCCAAGAAGAAAACCAAGUGCAGUCCUGUUAUCACUGAAAUCAGCCCCAAGGAGGAGGAUGGUACCUCAAAGACCCCUUCUACUCCUUUGGAUCCUAAUAGACGGACUUGUAGUGUUGAGAAAGAGGGGAAGAAUGUGGUGGAAGAUGUGACUCUGCCUCCUAAAGACAAAAUCACAGUUGUUGAUGUGGAGACCUUGGAGAAUAAUGUUGUUUUUUCAUAA